UUCUUUUUUGUCCGGUUUGAAGAGAAGGAAGAUGGCGACGAUUGAUGAAACGAGAUCGUUGUAGUGCUUUUAAAAGGAAUAAAACCAGUUCAUUUCGUAUUUUAAAAAGAGGUGGUAGUAAAUAUAAGACGGAGGCUUCGACACGAGACUGCAUUUUAUCGCACUGAAGGUUUAUUCUUGGAUUCUGUUUGUCCGGUGUGGCCUUGUGCAUCACUACCAACCUCCAAAUCCUGCUGACUUCUGUACUACCUGUUUUCCUGUCUCAUGGACUUGACUCCAGCAUCAGGCUUCAAAAGGAGGCCUGCUGCCUCCUCGCCCCCAAGUGGAAUUAGAGAAAUUGGUCAGAGCCCUCCUACCUACUCGUCUCCCUUGUCUCUGUCUUCUCCUUCAUCGGAUCCAUCGUCACCUUUGUCUACAUCCUCUUCUGUAUGUGCCAACUUGUCAGUUUAUCAGAACCAUGUAAAGGAUUACACCCAAGGGACAGAGGUGGCCAGGGUGUCCUCCACUUCUGUCUCUCUAGCAACACAGUCUUUCGCCACACCUACACCCAACACCACUUCCCCGGAUUCCUUCCCUCACACCUCAUUGCAGCCAAGUGUUGAUCGUAAAGAAGAAGGUAGGAGGAGAGAGAUGUAUGAUCCUUUCCAUCCAACUGAGGGAGACAAGGAGGGAAGGGUGAAAGAAGAAGAAGAGGAGGAGGAGGAGGAAGGGGAGAAAUAUGACCCCUUUGACCCCACUGGCUCCCCAGCAUCAGACACCAAUGAUGGGAGUGGCCAAGUGAGGGGGGUGAAGAGAAAACUUGAGAGCAGAGAUGAGGAAGUGAAAGAGGAAGCACCUCCAGAUUCCACUGACACCUUGACUGAUCUGCCAACCCCCUGUGUGGCCAGACAGCUCCCUCUGAGGAGGAGAGUGGACUGUAGCACCACCAAAGCUGUAGGGCAGAGGGAGAGUCCUGACUCUGAUCACUCUGAAAUAGAGGAGGGGGAGAUAGUUGGGGCUGCUGACAAAGAUGGAAACAAUAAGCGAUCAGCUGGAGAAAUCCUCCCUUUGAAUUCUCCCAGCGUCUCUUUCUUUAGUUCAAAGCCAGAGCGCAUCCUCCGUGUGCUGGAUGGAGAUGGCUUUGUGUCUGUGUGUGCAGAGGGCAACUGGGAGGUGGACAGGCAGCCUGAGGAUGAGCCUGUGGUAGGUGUAGAGGAUUUGAGAAGGAAGCUGGUCAGCAGGCGGAAGGAAAGAUAUCUCUCAUUACCUGUGACUUCCCCCCUCUCUCCUCAGCCACCACCUCCUCCCUCCCAUCCUUCGCCAUCUAAUCCCUCCUCCCCUCUCUCACCUACUGUAGAGCAGGCCAGCAAGAGCCACAGGUCUUCCAAGAGUUCCAAGGACCGUGACCGACAGAAAAGCAAGGAUAGGAAGGAAGAGAGACGAAAGAAGAGAAAGAAGGACAAAGAAGGAGUUCGAGAGAGGAGCAAAGACAAAGAGCGAGGGCACAAGACUGGGAAGGAAGUUAAAGGAAGGACGAGCAGCAGAAGCAGUAGCCGAAAGAGGAAGAAAAGACGACACAGCAGCCCAGAGGCCUCACGUUCAUACAACUCUUCAGGAAGAGGGGGCCACACUAGACGCUCUUUUUCAAACAUAUCUGAAGAAAGACACAAGGAGAGGGAAGGAGACAGAGAAAGGGAUAGAAUUAGAGACAGAGAGAGGGAUAGAGAAAGAGGGAGAGAGAGAGACAGGGAUAGAGAGAGUGAACAAAAUCGCACCAGUAGCCACAGAAGAGAUGACAGAGAUCAAGAUUCUAGCUCUAGGAAGGAGAGGGAAAGAAAGGGAAGACGACAUUCAAGCAGCAGAGAGCGUGGCAUUUCAAUGAGGUCCAAAAGAAGCAGGGAAAAGAGGGAAGGAGAUAGAGACAGGCAGCGUGAGAGGGAUCGGCGGCGGGAUGGUCGGCCUGUUGUCCCGCCAUCUAUCCAAGACCUCAACGGUUCUGACCUCUUUGCCAUUAAGCGAACUAUCACAGUCACCACCACCACAACGACCACCACUGUACCCGGCUCCCCAAGAAUCACCCCACCUUCUCCUUGUCGGCCCCCUCAGGACUCUGACAAGCCCUACAAAAGGAAGAAGAAGAGAAAAUGGCGCUCAGCUGCAGAGGUGGCAGACAGGGGAAGUUGUCACAGCCGAUCACAGUCACUCUCACCACCCAGGUAUCACAGCUACGAGUCAGACCGCUAUUCAGACAAAAUGGAGAUUGAUGUGUCGUCUUUGGAUGGGGAGGCUUUGGAUUCAGACUACCCAUCUUUGGAAGAUACACCUCCUGCUGUUCUGCCUCGAGAACCACCUGUCCCCAGCCCCAAAACUAAGACUACCCCCAAGACUGGACGGCAUCAUCCAAAAAAGAAAUCUCGCACAUCGAAGAAAAUUGGCCAGUCAGAAUCCUCCUCUUCCAACAGAACCAAAGGCAAAUGCCUCUCCUCACUGACAGUCACAUCAGGGUCUGCCUCCAUCUCAUCUGGUCUCCCAUCAGUGAAGCGAACCAGAAAAAUGGGAAAGGACAAAGAGCGGGACAAAGUCAGCAGAAAGGAUUUGGCCCGCUCCAGCAAAUCUAAGAAAGAGAGCAGCAGUAGUCGGAAAGGCAAGCUUCAGUCCAAAGUGUCUGUGCUGGUGCGUGAGGGUGUGAGCAGCACCACAGGGGCUUCAAUUGGUUCUGGAAAGCUGGGCAUGGACCUUCUAGGGCCAGGAGGUACAGGAGGUAGUGCUGGUGGCUCUGUGGUGGGUGGUUCAAUUGCAGUAGUCUUCUGCAGGGACAAUGAGAGCAGGUCGCCAUUCCUCAAACCUUGCUCAGAGCCACUAUCACUGGGCGGCCGCAGUAAAGAUCUAGCCAGUAUGGGAAAGCGAAGCAGCCUGGCUGCACCAACAUCCUCCUUAACCAGUCCUGCAGGACUGAAAUCAAAGAAAACAAAACCCAGCUCUAUCACUUCCACCUCCUCCUCUGCCUCCUCCUCCUCAUCAUCUCUGGCAACAAAACGCCGCCGGCGCCUGGCAAAGAAAACAAGAGAAAAAGGUGGAGCUGCAGCGUUAACAGCUGGAGAUGGCAGCCAAACAAAAGCCACAUCAGAGGGCUGGGGUGGAGCCUCCUUAGAUGUUCAGUCAGCUGUUGGAGAUGGAAGCAAGUCUGUCAGUCCACAUACUGGCCAAGCUGGCCCUGCACCCAGUUCUUCCUCUUCUUCCUCCUCUUCCUCCACCACUAGUGUGCCACCUCCUUCCUCCUCGCCACCACAUACGUCUCCACCCUCCAUGGCUCCUUUGCGGGACACCAGGGAGUCUUCACCAGACUCUCAGACUGUGGACAGCAGCUGUAAGACUCCAGACCCUUCUUUCCUAGCUGAGGACUGUCCAACUCAGACCAGCCCAACACUCCCAACGUCCAGCCCAUCCAGCCAGUCCACCCCCCAGGGAGCUGGCCUCAGCAUCACUUUGUCUACACCCACUGCCAAGCUCCCCCCAACAGAUGAUACACCCAAGUCUCUGGCCUCACCUCCUUGCUCAUCCUCUUCAGCAUCCUGUGGUCUCACUUCACUUUCUCUGCCCAUGUCUUCAUCAGACCCCUCUUCCUCCUCUUCUGUGUCCUCUUCAUCUGCUAGUAAGCCGCCGCCGCCUCCUCCUCCUCCUCCAGCAGCACCCGCCCUCCCCUGGAGUCUGCAGACUGGGGUGGACUGCACAACUGGAGGAGUCCUAGCAUUGACCGCUCUGCUCUUCAAAAUGGAGGAGGCCAAUAUUGCUAGCAGAGCCAAAGCACAAGAGUUCAUUCAAGCAACAAGCCAGAUCCUCUCACAAGCCAACCAAAGCCAGUCCCAGCAACACGCUCCUCCGUCUUCAGCCUCCUCCACCUCCUCACAGAUCCCACCACCUCCCUCUCUGCCUCCACCUCCUGGUCUGAGCCCAGCCCAGUUCAUCCUGCACAGCUCCCUUCCAUUAGUUGGCUGCACCAAAACUCCACCAUCUCACCUGCACUCCUCCAUGGGUGGUGGUUGUGCACAGACACCACCCCCUAUCAUGCCCGUGGGCUUGUCGGGAAUGACUGGGAGCUCUGGUGACACAGGAUGGGACAAUGAGAGCAAAGACCCUGACAAGUACCUGAAGAAGCUGCACACUCAGGAGCGGGCAGUGGAGGAGGUGAAGCUCGCCAUCAAACCUUACUAUCAGCGCAAGGACAUCAACAAGGAUGAAUACAAAGACAUCCUAAGGAAAGCUGUGCAUAAGAUCUGCCACAGCCGCACUGGAGAAAUCAACCCAGUCAAAGUCAGCAACCUCGUAAAGUUGUAUGUCCAACGCUACAAAUACUUCCGGAAACAUGGACGCAAAAUGGAUGAGGAAGAGAGGGAUGACAGGGAGUCAGGAGCGCUGCAUUCCUCUGCCAAGAUGACGCAGUUUCUGCCCCCGAACCUGCUGGCCCUCUUUGCACCGCGGGACCCGAUACCGUUCCUGCCUCAGCUGGAGAAACUCCCCCAUGAGAAACAUCACAACCAGCCUUAUAGCGGCAUUGCACCAUUUAUCAGGCACUUCGAGGAUCCUAGAGAUGCCCCUCCACCAACAAGGGCAGAGACCCGUGAUGAGCGGCUAGAGAGAAAGAGGCGUGAGAAGAUUGAGAGGAGGCAAGCAGUUAUGGAGACAGAGCUCAAGCUCUGGGACCCCCAUAAUGACUCUAAUGCACAAGGGGAUGCCUUCAAGACUUUGUUUGUUGCACGAGUGAACUAUGAUACUACGGAGUCCAAGCUUCGCCGUGAGUUUGAAGUCUAUGGCCCUAUCAAACGGAUAUACAUAGUCUACAAUAAGAGGACGGGGAAGCCUCGGGGCUAUGCAUUCAUUGAGUAUGAGCACGAACGAGACAUGCACUCCGCCUACAAGCAUGCAGAUGGGAAGAAGAUUGAUGGAAGAAGGGUGCUGGUGGAUGUCGAACGAGGGCGUACUGUGAAAGGAUGGCGUCCUCGCAGGCUAGGUGGUGGAUUGGGUGGCACUAGGAGAGGUGGUGCUGAUGUCAACAUUAAACAUUCUGGUCGAGAUGAUGCUUCACGUUAUGAUGAUCGCCCCAUCGGGGGUGAUCGGGACCGUGGCGAUCGGCGGGAGCGCAGCCGGGAGCGUGACCGGGACAAGGACAGAGAGCGCCGGAGGUCCCGAUCCCGCGAGCGCCGUCGACAUACCCGUUCACAGGAGCGGGAGAGGGAGAGACCGGUUGCAGCAGGAGAGGAAGGUGUUGGUAGUAGCCGGCGUCGGGAGCGAGAGAGGGAGCGUGGGGGGGCAGCCGGAGGAGACAGCAGGAGCAGGGAGAGGAGUCGAGACCGGAAAAGGAGGAGUAGGAGUCGGGAUCGUAAGAGAGAGAAGGAAAGAGGCAAGGGGCUGGAUGGGGAGGAGGUCAGUCAAGGAGACGGUGCCCCAGAGGGUGGGGAGCGGAUGCCGGAAGAACACGAAGGAGAAGUGGGUGAGGGCAUGGAGGAGCGUAGAGACAGGGACAGAGAAAGGGACAGAGACCGAAGGCGUAGUCACAGAGAUAGAGACAGGCGCAGGGGAGACCGGGACAGAGACAGGGAGCACAAGAGGGAGCGUGGGGAGAGAGAAAGAGGGGAACGCAAAGAGGAGCGCCACGGCUCUUUACGAGACGACAUGGGCCCCCAAGAUGACAUGGGCAAUGAGGAUGAGGGAGGAGCACCACAACAUAUGGAGGAGUACAGUCAGGAUGGGAUGAUGAUGGACCAGCAGUCAGUGCCAGCAGCUGACGGCUAUGGCUCCGGUGAGAAUGGCUACAAGAUAGAGCCACCGGGAGACGAGUACUGAGAUCAUCCCUCUCCCAGCAGACUCCCACUCAUAAAUAAGUUGUUUCAUACUGUACUUUUAACUUGGCCCUUAACUUUCUGCCAAGGUACCAAAAGCCUAAGUGAUGUCAGGGUUUCCUGUGUCAGACGUCCUGCCUUCCUCUCUGUCAAAGCUCUGUAGAACUUAUCCACUUGAUUUUUGUUGCACGCAAUGUUUAAUGCAUAUGACUGAUUAGAUUAAAUUAAAAAUUGCAGCCUUUCCGCGUUGCCCAACUAAUCAGAUUACUUUAGUGUUUCAAGUUUGGUUUUUAGGCCUCCCAUACUUGAAUCAGUAAAACAGGAGCUGUCAAAUAGGAUAUUUUCUUUCAUUUCCAGAUUCUUUAGAUGGUAUGCUCAUUUGAACCCAGUUACUCAUGUCUCAUUGUAUGUGAAACUGAAGGUAAUGUAGUGUUGUGUGACAGUUACAGGCUUUUUUUUAAAUUCAGGAAUAUUUUUGGUCAGCUCUUUUUGUUAGAUUUGCGGGGUCAUUUUAAUAAAGAUGAAACUUAAAGCCAGA